AUAAACGGGCAGCGGCCUCUGCUCUGCUCUCGUGUGAUAAAAAAUGUGGAUUCCCUUGGAUUCCGAUUGACCCUUAAUUGUUAACCGUUAGCCAAUUAACCAGUGUGUUCGCCAAUUUUAAAACGACAACAACUACAGCAACAACAAUCGAAAUAAGAACAACAACAACAAUGCAUAGUUCCUGCUGAGUAGCUUUUUUUGUAUAAUCGAACGAGUGUCCUUUUGUGUACAUAUUUGUGGGAGAUGUGAGAUCCAAGGUAAACCAGAUGAAAGCCAAUCGAACAACACCAACAACAACUAAACACUGCCGCCUACAAACAAUAAGUUAACAACAACAGUAAAGAGGAAGAAAACUUGAAGGCCGGCAAACCGGAAGAAAAAAAUCAGAAGACGAAGGAAUGUGGCAAAAAAAAAUAAAUAUAGCAGAGCAACCAAACUUCGUAGCUAGCUGAAUUUCCCAUAGUAAAAGGAAACCCAAAAAAGGAUAAAUACCAUUUGAUAACAAACUAAAAGCACAACCAAAAACAACAACUACAGCCCCGAAUAUAAAUCAAACAGAAAAACUUUUUAGUAACAACUAACGGCAACCACAAUCGAAAAGUAAGACGACUAACAUACAGCAUUAAACUACAAUAAUAACAAUAUAAUGAUGACUAAAAAACAACAACAACUUCAACAACGAAUAGGAUUACAACUUACUGAUAUAUAGACGAAUACUAAAAACUUCCACGCAAAUGCUGAAACGUAACAACUUUCCAAAAAAAAUCAUGUUGCUAUUCCAAAAAUGUAUGACAAAAAACUCUAAACGAUGUGCUAACGAAGAUUAUCAUCUUUAAAUCUAUAGGUAUAGUUCAGGUUAAACGUAAACAACAACUAAAAGUGACAAACAUUCCAACUCGCACUAAAACUAAAACUCUCAUAACAAACCAAUCAAGCAUUACAAAACAACUAUUCGAAUAACCAAAAAGCACAAAUUUUAAUAAAUGUUAGAUCUACUUACGGCUUCCAUAAAUUUAUACCAUUCACGCUAGCGUUUAUAGCAAACGAAAAUACUUAUAAGCCAUUUUAUAUUAUUGAUAUUUUUCAAAUCUACAUAAACACAAUUAAUUGUACAAUUAGUUAAUAUAUACAAAUUAAUCAACAAUCUUUUGGCAAAAGAUUUUUGGAAAUAUCAACAAGUAAUUUUAACAACAAUUUAGAAAAACAAACUAUUAAAGACAGAUUGAUCAAAUCCUUAAUCUUUGACCAUAAAAAAAAGUAUUUUUUACAUAUAAAUAAAAUGUAAUGGAAACUGAAAUAAGAGAUCGAAUAUAAUCAACAACCGCUUAACAACAAUAUCCUACAUAAGUCAACGGCAAAGGAUUCGCCAAAAUGGAGCGCUUGUGUCAUUAACUUAAUAAAAUUGUUAAUUAAAUUAACAAUAAAUAAAAUUAAUUUUAAAAUAAAUAAAAAAAUAAAGGAAUGGCAAAGUUAAUAAGCUAACAAAGAAAUUCAACAACCACUUGGUAAAAAAAUCCAACACCAGCAUCAAACCACCAAAACGAAUCGAGGAGAUUCUUCAAGAUGGAGCGCAUGUGGCGAAAAGUGAACCACAGUUUGCGCAACACCAACAAAUCGCAACAACCACAGCAGUUACCGGGUGGUGAGGCAGCCACCGGUGGUGGUGCCCCCGUUGGAGCCACUGCAGCCACGCCCCAAUCCACCGACACCAUUAGCUCGGCUGGUGGCUUUGGCGAUGGCCAGCUGGUGGUUGCCGUGCAGGGAUUGGCCGCCGGCGGUGGAUCCAUCACGGCCACCGGCGGCAGCAAUGCCACCGGGAGGCGGCUGGCCAGCAGCGGGGGCGGGUGCAACAAGUCGCUCAGCCAACAUGUCCUGCAAACGCGCACCGCAUCCUCGGAGCGCAGGAGGCGCCGCCGGCGGAAGAGCAGACCGCGACGUGGCGGCGGAAUGGGAGUCACCAGUUGCGUCGGCGAUCCCGGCGGCGAUAAUAUGUCUUCCUCGGGCGGCUUUUACACCCUGAAAGAGCACCAGCACUAUCGCCCUAGCCACCAUCAUGGCGGGGGCGUUUCCGGCGGAGGCGGUGGCUCAUCGCGACGUCUGUUCGCCACUUCGGCGCCCAGUGGCACAGUGAUGAUGUAUCCGAAUCCCCAGCGAGCUGCGCCGCUGGCACCAUCUGGAGGAUCUGGGCCCGGACAGGCAUCCACUUCGGGCGGUGCUUCGGGGGGUGGUGGCGGUGGCGGUGGAGGAGGAGGUGGAGCCGGAUCUGGAUCUGGAGGACAGCCGGACAUCUCGCUGCGACAGCGGGCGGUGGCCAAGUUGCGCAUGUUCAACUUCCAUCUCAACUGGGACCUGCACAUGACGCACUGCAAGCCCUGCGGUCCUCGGCUUAGUGGCAGUGGUGGCAACAUAAUCACCCGCCGCCUGUGCCGCAAUCGUCGGCGGGAGGACAACGAACUGUACCGCUCCAAUAGCUUCAAGUUCGAGCGAUUCGAGCGGAAGGAGUGCCUGGAGGAGCUUUCCAACACGUUGCAGAAGCAGAUUGCCAUCUGUGAUGAUUACAGCCUGCCCGUAGACUUUGUUAAAAAACGACCGUCCAGCUUCGAUCCGUGCCUGGCGGAGGCGAUACCAGCGAAUCCCGAGCACUGGAUUGCCCCCAGUCCGCAAACCGAGUUUCUGCCAUUUGGCGAAGCCCAACAAGCGUUGCAGCUACCAGCAACAGCAGCAACAGCAGCAGCAGCAGCAACAACAUCAGCAGCAGCAGCAGCGGCGGCCGCAAACGCAACAGCAGCACCUCAACUACCGCCCCCGCUGCCCGCCCCCGUGGCAACAUUGCCCAGUCAGGCGGCAACGGCAGCAGCAGCAGCAACAGCUGCGAUUUUGGCCACCCACCAGCAACAUCAGCAUUUGAGCAGCAACAACAACAACAACGGCAGCAACACACACAGCCAACAGAAUACGCACAACAACAACAACAACACAUUGCCAGUGGGGGCACAACAGCAACAGCAGCAGCAUCAACAUCAACAGCAGCGUGCAACAUUGCAACAUCCGCCGCUGCCAAAUAGCAACAUCAAGCAGGCUUCGGUGAAGCUGAUCGAAGGAUAUUCAGAUCCGAAGGAUACGCGCAAUCACAAGAAGGUUUACCACAAAAAGGCCAAGAAACGCUCGGCUCCUGGCCACAAGCGCCAUCAGCAACAGCAACAGUUGCAGUUGCAGCAGCAACAUACAUUGCCAACGCCCAGAAGUUCCCAACAGCAACAGCAGCAGCAGCAACAAUUGCAGCAGCGACAUUCCACCUACAACAACAAUAACGGAAACCUAAGAAAAGAUAAACGGAAUAGCCAAUAUAAUUCAGACUCUUCGGCGCCCAAAUCCUCCGACGACGAGGCGGACAUAGACGAGGAGGUUGAGCAGCAGCCGCUUCCCGUGCCGCAGGCUCCUGCCCCAACCGCUCCUUUGACAGCGGCGGGUCUUAACUCCCCGGACUCCAUAUCCGAUGACCUGGUGCGACCGCUGCCACCGCAACUUCAGCGCAGUCCCCGCAAACUGACCGUCGCUCCGGCGGAGCACAACAAGCGCCAGCCCUCGCCCUACUACUACUCCGAUCUGCUCAAAAGUCGCGACAAGGACAAGGAUAAGGACAAGGACAAGGAUCGCGACAAGGACAGGGAGGACUUUAAGCUUAAAUGCCGCCAGUCGACGGCCAGUGAACCGCCACAACAAACGCCGAGUCAAUUAGGUGGCUAUCGCAAGAGCUCCAGCUUGGAUGUGCCGCCGGCGGAGGAGCAGCCGGAAGCAGAGAGCCACGAAGAGGAGGAUCCCCGGACGGGACAGGACUCGCAGUCGACGCCCAAGCGGUACAGUUUCACGGAGGAGGGUGUGCACAUCAUUCGCUGCGAGACGCCCAGCACCAGCACCUCCGAGGAGUCCGAUUGCAGUGAGUGCUUGAAGCGACGCGAGUGGCACGCCCGAGCUUUGGCCUUGGUCCGCAAGACCUGCAACGUCCAGCCCAGGAACCAGAAUCAGAACCAAAGUCAGAGUCAGAGUCAGAAUCCCACUGGCAGCGAGCUCCAGUUGCAGCUACAACACUGCGACGCCGGCGAGGGCGAACUGCUCAAGUGCUGCCCACCGCCACCGGCUCCAGCGGAGAUCCAGGUGCAGGUCCAGCCGAUGCCACCGCACCGCCUGCUGGGACCAGCAGCCGUGUGCGGAGCCUGCAUCACAUCCGCUCCUGCCUCCUCCUCCUUGGCCGGCGGACGGGGCAGCGAGCCCGGCGAUGAUCUGGAGGAGGAGUACUUCCGGCCGCGCAGCAUCUUCUACGUGCAUCCGCAUGGCGUCCACGAGUGCGCCGAGUGCGCCCCGCCAGCCCAGUCAGUCCAGUCAGCACAGUCAUCCCAGUCAGUCCAGUCAGCGACUGGUCAACCGGCGGCGCUGAGCAAUCCAUCGCUCGAUCUCUACGGCGACGACGAGGACGAAGUGGACGGCGACGAGGACGACGACGAAGAGGACGAAGAGGACGACUCCGAGGACAUCAUGGGCAGCCGGCGACGGCAGAUCUACGAGACGGCCUUCGACUGCAAGAUAGCCAAGUCGGAUGACGAUCUGGACGAGGUGGAUCGCAUCACCAACUGCUCGGUGCUGCUCCAGUUGAGCAAUGGCAAUGGCAAUGGCGGUGAUCUCGCCAAGGUCACCGGCUCCUCCAAGACGCGGGCAGAGUGCAAGAGGGCCAAGAACUCGAAGAAUCAAGCGCUGCAGGAGCAAACGGGCGAGGCCCACGUCCAGGUGCAUCAGGUGCAGGCCGAACUGGGCAAGCUCCAGCUCAGCCAGGUGGACCAGCAGAAUCAGAAUCAGGGCCAACAGCCAGGUGCUGCGACAGGCAGUGGAGUAAGUGCGUCCAGCACUCAGCAGCUGCCGGUGCGCGGCUAUACCCCAUCACCCCCCUCGACGGCGCCGCUGCCGAUGAAGUUUCCCGGCAAGCACGAGCGCUACCUGAACAUGAACAGCAUCCGGAGUGCCCCCAAUCUGCCCGCCGCCAAUCCAGCGCAUCCCCGUCUCCGGGAUCUCCGCCUGCCCAUCCCGUCCAUGCGGCACCAGUGCGGCGGCAGCAGCAACGACAACAGUCUCACCGACAGCGCCUACGUGAAUCCGCCCUCGACCAACUCGAAUUCGAAUGCGGCCUCGGGUUCGGCCUCCGCUUCGGUCUCCGCAUCCGCCUCCGUCUCCGCCUCGGCGACAGGAUCGGCCACUGCGGCUGCCCGGAGGCCACGCUCCUUUGUCCUGGAAUCGGGAAGGGUACUCGAACUGCGACGCAGUGCCCAGGGCCACCAUCACUAUCAGCAGCAGCAACAGCACCAGGCGGGCGGUCAGUCGACGACGCACCAUCACCACCAUCAUCACCAUCACGGCCCGGGCAGUCGGCGGAGUCAUCGCCAGGGUGCGGGACAAACGGCUGGGGGGCACAACUACAGCAGCACGGAGAGCAUCGCCACCUCGAGCAGUGGCGGCAGCAUGGAGUCGCUGCGGUCCAGCACCAGCGAGGGCAAUCGCAGCACCUCCAGCUCCGAGUCGCGCCACUCCAGUUCGCUGAGCUCGCACAGCUCGGAGUCGGGCAGCGGCGGCAGCGGUGGCUCCAGCGUGGCCUAUCCCCUGCGACCGGCGCCCCUGCUGUUGCACUCCAAGCUGCACAUCCUCAGUCCCAUCUCCGACAAGUCCUCGCAGGAGCCGGCCUCGGCCAGUGCCUCGGAGCAGUCGCAGCAGCCGUCCCAGCUGGCGCCGAUGGCGGCGCAGGAGGAGGAUUCGAGUGGCGCCCCAGCGCCGAGCGCCACACUCCAGGUGAACACCGUCUCCUUGAAGCAGCCGCGCAGUGCGCGGAGUGCUGGUGCCCCCAACAAGGCACUGCUCCAGUUGGCCGAUGAACUCCUGGGCUCGGACAGUGGCAUAUCCCUGCAUUCCCGCGAGGAGGGCAAGCCGCAGACAUUGGCCCUGCAGCGUUUAACGCUGCCCAAGCUGCAGUUGAUCGGAGCCGAGGGAGGAGCUUCCGGGACGGGUGGAACCUCAGCAACGGGUGGCGGCAGUUCGGCAGGGGUGUCGGCAUCGGGAUCUGGGUCCGGGUCCGGGUCAGGAGCUGCUGGUGGGGGAUCGGCGGGAAUGCCGCAGGAUCUGCGGGAUCUACCCUUCGAUAUGCCCAAACUGCGACGCCGCAAGACGCUGCAACAGGAGGCGGCCUGCACCUCGGGCAGUGCCACAUCCGUGGACCUCGGCGAGCUGCCCUUCGACAUGCCCAAGCUGCGACGCCGCCUCCGUGCCAACCAGGCGGAGAUCAACAACCUGCUGAUGCACAGCACCGAGUCCAGCGGCAUCUCGCAGGCCUCCUCCAGUCACUCGAUGCGUGACGAUCAGAAGUUGGCCAGCAAGCUGGAUACAGCACUUUUCCGCCAGAACCUCACCCUCAACUUGAACGAGUCGCGGCAGGCCACCAAACAGUUUGGCAGUCUGGAUCUGCGGGGUCUCAACAGCAACAAGGAGCUGAACAUGAACCUCAGCCAGGGCUACGUCACCGCAGUGGACUUGAUCGAUGUCACCAUUCCACUGGAGCGCCAGGGUUGGUACCAUGGCGCUAUAACGCGAGUUGAGGCGGAGACCACUCUUCGUCCGUUGUCCGAGGGUUCCUUUCUGGUGCGCAAUUGCGAGUCCACCAAGCAGGACUACUCGCUCUCCCUGAAGGGCGCCAAGGGCUUUAUGCACAUGCGGAUCCAGCGCAACGAGACCGGCCAGUAUAUCCUGGGCCAGUUCAGCCGUCCCUUCGAGACGGUGCCGGAGAUGAUCCGGCACUUCUGCCUCAACCGGCUGCCAGUGCGCGGUGCCGAGCACAUGUGUCUGAUCGAGCCGGUCAUCGCCCAGCUGCUCUAGAGGAACCUUCGCCAUGAGGAACAGCCAAAGGAAAAGAAGGAUCCAGCGGGCGAACCAAACAGAAUUACAUAUUAAUAGCGUGUAGUGGACUUAGGAACCUAUGUGAACAUGUAUGCACUAGUUAUAUUAUGCGAUAGUUGUAAAAGGAA